AUGUACGAUAUUCGGAUGAUGCGCGAAAUGCACACCUAUAGGGGCCACAAGAAAGAAGUCACUGCUGUUGCUUGGCAUCCGGUUCAUGAAAGUCUGUUUGUGAGUGGUGGUGGUGACGGUUCAUUGGCAUAUUGGAUUGUAAACAGUGAAAAGGAACUUGGUUUCCUGGAACAUGCACAUGACCAGGCAAUAUGGACUCUGGAAUGGCAUCCGUUGGGCCAUAUUCUUGCAUCUGGCUCAAAUGACAAUAAUACGAAAUUUUGGGCUCGAAACCGACCAGGUGAUACGCAAGAGGACAUUUUCGGAUUAGCAUCACUUCCAGGUCCGGCAGCAGCGCCAAUAAAGGAAACCAGGACGGAAAAAACUGCCGAUGAAACGACGUUUGUGCCAGUAAUUCCAGGCAUGGGAUUGGACGAUGAUGUGUUUCUGGGAAUGCAAAAGAAGGAUGCAAGAACAACUGUUGGUGGUCCGCCAGUUGGAGGGCCGUUACUUUUCCCAGAAGAUCCAAAUGCACGUCAGCAAGUGAGUAUGGGAUUGGACGAUGAUGUGUUCCUGGGAAUGCAAAAAAAGGAUGCAAGAACAACUGUUGGUGGUCCGCCAGUUGGAGGGCCGUUACUUUUCCCAGAAGAUCCAAAUGCACGUCAGCAAACACUGAAUAUUGGUGCCAAGAAGACACUAAUCAAGCAGCCUCCACCAAAGAAGGCCCAGCGACAGUUCGAGCGCAUGUGGAAUGUGGCGAAACCAAGCGCCUCUGGAAACGAUGACUAUGACGACGAAGUACCAGAAAUGGGAGCAUUUCGUCGGUCCAAAGCAUCAUUGCUUGGUCCACCUCCACGUUCAUUACUUACUGCGAAACAACAAGAUGAAGAACGGCGAUCGUCAGCAAGUCCUCCCAGCCAGGAACGAAGUAGAAGAUCUCAAAAAAACGUGGACAAAACAAACGGUCCAGAAAAAGAAGCAGCCAGUUCGGCUGGCGCUGCAUCUUCACGGAUGUCACCAUCAGUGCCAGCAACUGCAGCAGCAGCAGCGCCUGCAGUUGUGCAGCAAUGGCCAAGCGCUACUGGAGCACCUCAGCCACCGAUCAUACAACAACUUAACGCGCAAUCCGGUGUAUUAAUGCCCGCUAUGACAGCACCACUGGCAGCAAUUGCGCAAAUAGGAGCUGCUGCUGGUAUUCCCCUUCCGGGGCUGCCGAUGCCACCAGCUGUUGGUCCGUUGAUUUGGCCACCGCCACUUCCAGCUAGCGUUGCACCCGCUCCAGCAAAUUCCACACAGAAUCGGGAUAUUGACUACCGUACUGGUGCUCCGCCACUUCCGAUACCUCAUCUGUUGUCAGGAACUGCCGGCACCUCAACAUCGGCAUCAGGUGAUGUGGAUCUCAGAAACCAGCAACCUUCGUCAUCGUCGUCUUCGCAGACACAAAGUUGGCGGCCAGCAAACCGUUCCCCGGAAACUCAACCAACAAUUACCGAUGAACUACCAAGGAGCGCUGUUACAGGCGAAGUGCCGAUACACGAUCCCCGGAUGCGGCGAGGCGGAACAAGGCCGAAUCUGAGCAGAAACAGUAACGACGAACGGCCACUGGGAGGAAUUACGCCAGGGACACAAGUGCGUGAUCCGCGAAGGAGGCCACAGCUCAGCGGUGCACAGACUACCCUAAAGCAGCAGGGCGUCGAUUAUGAUGGGCGAUUCGAAGGUAGUCAAGUUCGCCGACGAGUAUGGAUGCCGAGCAUUAAUGAAGUGAUAGAUGGUCGAAUGAGUAGUGCCUCACGACUGAGUCCCAUGCGUCGUGAAUUCGGCAGCCCCAGCGGUGAUUUUGAUGAUCGUCUGCCGCCGUCGCAGCAGUAUCUGUCAUACCAGCAGCAGUUAGCCGGCGGUGGACCUAUGCGACGUGCAGCAAGCAGUAGCCGAGGUCGAGCUAGAAGAGCAGCCUACUAA